AUGUCCGCCAUCAAGGACGCUCUCGCCUCGGCUGCCGAGGCUCUCCACAUCUCCGGCGACAAGGACAAGAAGGCCAUCGGCGGUGGCGCUCCCGUCUACGUCGACGAGAAGGCCGGUAACGACGACGCUGCCGACGGCUCCAAGGCCUCGCCCUUCGCCACACCAUUAGCCGCGCUCCUCGCAAAGGGCCAGGACGCCUCGGUCUUUGUCAAGAAGGCCGACGCCACCCCCGGCCAGGACGGCGUCGAUGCCGACGGCUACGCGCCCAUCUCGGCCUCGGCCGCCAAGAAGGUGAGCAAGCUCUACGCAACCGCGCUCAAGAAGAAGGAGAAGGCGAGCGAGCAGGCCGCCAAGGACGAGGCCCAGGCCGCCCACGACGAGAAGCGUCUCGAGGACAGCAAAAAGAUCAUCCUCGAGGAGCCCUCCUCCUCGGCCAAGAAGAUCAAGAUCAGCCAGGGCGCCAGCUUCCGCGACCAGCGCGUCAAGAUCUGCGGCUGGGUCCACCGCCUCCGCUCCCAGAAGGACCUCACCUUCAUCGUCCUCCGCGACGGCACCGGCUACCUCCAGGUCGUCCUCUCCGGCAAGCUCACCACCACCUACGACGCCCUCACCCUCACCACCGAGUCCACCGUCGAGAUUCAGGGUCAGCUCAAGGCCGUCCCCGAGGGCAAGACCGCGCCCGGCGGUCACGAGCUCGUCGCAGACUACUGGAAGUGCCUCGGCAAGGCGCCUGGCGGAGACGAGGCCUACACCAACGUCGUCGCCGAAACCGCCGACCCCAACUCCCUGGCCGACCGUCGCCACCUCGUCAUCCGCGGCGAGACCGCCUCCGCCGUGCUCAAGGUGCGCUCCGAGGUGCUCAAGGCCUUCCGCGCCGAGUUCGACAGCCUCGGCAUGACCGAGGUCACGCCCCCCUGCAUGGUCCAGACCCAGGUCGAGGGCGGCUCCACCCUCUUCAGCUUCGACUACUACGGACAGCCCGCGUACCUCACCCAGAGCUCCCAGCUCUACCUCGAGACGUGUCUGCCCUCGCUCGGCGACGUCUUUUGCGUCCAGGAGUCCUUCCGCGCCGAAAAGUCGCACACGCGUCGCCACCUCUCCGAGUACACGCAUCUGGAGGGCGAGCUGGCGUUCAUCACCUUUGACGACCUGCUCGAGCAUCUGGAGCAGAUGAUCUGCGGCACGCUCGCGCGCGUGCUCGACGACCCCAAGACCAAGGCGCUGCUGGACCAGCUCAACCCCAACUUCCAGAUGCCCUCGCGUCCCUUCCGACGUAUGGACUACAAGGAGGCCAUCCAGUGGCUCAACGACCACAACAUCCCCAACGAGGACGGUCAGCCGCACAAGAUCGGCGACGACAUUGCAGAGGCGGCCGAGCGCAAGAUGACCGACGAGCUCAACGUGCCCAUCUUCCUCUGCCGCUUCCCGCGCGAGAUCAAGAGCUUCUACAUGAAGCGCACCGAGGGCGACGAGGAGUUCACCGACUCGGUCGACGUGCUCAUGCCCGGCGUCGGCGAGAUCGUCGGCGGAUCCAUGAGGAUGGCUGACCAACACGAGCUGCUCGAGGCCUACAAGAAAGAGGGCAUCGACGCCGCCCCUUACUUCUGGUACACCGACCAGCGCAAGUACGGCACCUGCGAACACGGCGGCUACGGCCUCGGCGUAGAGCGCUUCCUCGCCUGGCUCACGAACCGAUGGACCGUCAGAGAGGCUUCCCUCUACCCGCGCUGGACCGGCCGCUGCACUCCCUGA